AUGGAUCCUUCCUUUCUUUCAAAAUCCUUCUUUCUACAUGUUGUUCUUAUGUUCGGUUUGCAUGGUGUCACCAGAUUGUAUGCAAGUGACCCUCCUCUAACACUGGAUUACUAUGCAUCAACUUGUCCCACUAUUUUUGAUAUUGUUAAGAAGGAAAUGGAAUGUGCAGUGCUUUCUGAUCCCCGUAACGCAGCCUUGAUACUUCGGCUUCACUUCCAUGACUGCUUUAUUCAGGUACAUUCAUGGUCUCAGGGAUGCGAUGGAUCAGUUUUGCUUGAUGAUACAGUCACACUUAAAGGUGAGAAGAAAGCAGAUACCAACAUCCACUCUCUAAAAGGCUUCGGACUUGUUGAUCGAAUCAAGAACUUAGUUGAAUCAGAAUGCCCCGGAAUUGUUUCUUGUGCUGAUGUUCUCACUAUUGCAGCUAGAGAUGCUGUGAUUCUGGUAGGUGGACCUUACUGGGAUGUUCCAGUGGGAAGGAAGGAUUCUAUAACUGCAAGUUUUGAACUUGCUAACACCAAUCUUCCCACUCCGAAUGAGAGUCUUCUCUCUAUAAUCUCCAAGUUUCUUUAUCAAGGUCUAUCAGUCACGGAUAUGGUAGCCCUUUCAGGAGCCCACACCAUUGGCAUGGCACGGUGUCAGAAUUUCAGAUCAAGGAUUUACACAGAUUUUGAAUCAACUUCAGUGAAAAAUCCAAUAUCUGAGAGUCACCUCAACAACCUGAAAUCUAUUUGUCCACCAAUUGGGGGAGGAGACAAUAACAUAUCAGCAUUGGACUAUGUUACACCCAAUCUCUUUGACAAUUCCUACUACCAGUUACUAUUAAACAGGGAGGGACUUCUUAACUCAGACCAAGAAAUGUACUCAAGUGUUUUUGGAAUUGAAACAAGAGAGCUUGUCAAGAAGUAUGCUGCAGAUCCUCUUGCUUUCUUCCAGCAAUUCUCGUAUUCAAUGGUGAAAAUGGGAAAUAUCACAAAUUCAGAAAGCUUCAUCACCGGAGAAGUUAGGAAGAACUGCAGAUUUGUGAACACAUAG